AUGUUUCCUCCUUCAAGCCCCCACUCUGGUUUCCGUUCCGGGCGUGGCAAAAAAGGGGCAAACGGGCAAGAGGACGUCCAACAUCACUUUAACGACCUCACCGACGAAAUCAUGGACACAAUAGAGGAACACAAUACGACAGCUCAAGAGCAACAACGACCCAGCGACACGAAAGAAGGCAGGGCACAAACGGUCAAGCACAAGGAGGGUGUAACGAUCGCCCCCACCUCAUCCCGGGUCUCAUCCCCCGCACAUCUCCAUAGUCGCCCGCUUAGAUGGCUCAUCAGCCUCGGCUCGGGAAUUAGAAACGAUGUCAGAGCAAGAGCACCCUGGUAUCUCAGUGACUGGAAAGACGCUUGGAACUAUAGAAUCGUCCCUGCGACAGCCCUGAUCUUCUUUGCAAAUGUACUACCAGGAAUCGCAUUCUCGCUAGAUUUGAUUGAAACGACAGAUCAAUAUGGCGUGGCGGAGGUCCUCUUGGCCUCGUUUAUGGCUGCGUUCGUCUUCUCAGUCUUUGGUGCCCAGCCACUCACCAUCUCUGGUGUAACUGGACCUAUCACUGUAUUCAACAAGGUCAUCUACGACAUUAUAGAGAGAGAAGAAAGCCCUCCGGUCUACCUUCACUUUAUCGGAUGGGUCUACCUCUGGGCAGCGAUCAUCCACUGGAUAACCGCUAUCUUGAACUGGUGCAAUUUCUUGAAAUACGUCACUCUUUUCUCAUGCGACACCUUUGGCUUCUAUGUUGCCUGGGUCUACCUCCAUCACGGAAUCCAGGUUUUAACCCGCCAAUUCCCCUCCGACGCCGCUGAUCCGUCAGAACAAGGUGCCCUUGUAAGCAUCAUCCUCGCGCUUCUAAUGGUCUUCUGCUCCUUCUCCUUCCAAGUCGUUUCUAAAGCUCCUCUGUUCCAUCGACACGUCCGACGAUUCCUUGAAGACUAUGGGAUGCCCAUCUCCCUUGUCGCUGCUUCAGCCAUGGCCUACUGGGGACGAUUCAACUUUGCAAACCCAACCACUCUCCCUGUCGGCCGAGCGUUCAUGCCCGCCGCGGAUCGAGAAUGGCUCGUCAAGUUUUGGCAACUGGAAGGUAAAUGGGUCGGAAUUGCCCUUCCUUUCGGAAUCAUCCUUUGGAUACUAUUCUUCUUCGAUCACAAUGUCUCUUCCCUCAUGGCCCAAGGUUCUCAAUUCCCCCUCCGCAAGCCCCCAGGGUUCCACUGGGACUUCUUCCUACUCGGAGUAACCACCUUUAUCUCGGGCCUGCUCGGCCUCCCCGCUCCAAACGGCCUAAUCCCACAAGCCCCAAUCCACACCACUUCUCUCCUUGUCAAGGGCCGCUCCCCCAAACACAAGCACGCCAAAGACGAAGAAGCGGGUGGCAUGGGCAUUGUCUCACCAGCGUCUCAAGGGGCGAGCCAAACUGUCACCGCCGUUGGAUCCCUUAGAGGAUCGCUCCGCGAAGAAGAUGUGAAGGAAGAAGAAGAAUAUGGAUAUGAGGAUGUGCCCAUUGCUGUUGUAGAGCAGCGGGUCUCGAAUUUGGCUCAGGGUUCGCUUUGCCUUGUCCUUUUGACGGGCCCGUUCUUGCAUGUAUUGAACCUCAUUCCCAGGGGUGUCCUCGCUGGUCUCUUCUGGUACAUGGGCGCAGACGCCCUUUAUUCCAACGGGAUGACCAAAAAGAUCUUCUACCUCCUUCGAGACAAAGAACUCACCUCUCCGAGAGACCCACUGCGCAAGGUCCGCAAGUCGAGGAUCUGGCUAUUCGUCGCUAUCCAGUUGAUAGGAUUUGGAGGAACCUUUGCUAUCACUCAGACUAUUGCUGCGGUUGGCUUCCCUGUCGUAAUCAUGCUUCUCCUGCCUGUUCGCAUCUGGCUCAUUCCUCGCCUCUCCUUUACGAGCGAGGAGUUGGCUAUCCUCGAUGGACCCACCGCAUCACCAUUCGUGAGUCAAACCGGCAUCCCUGGUUCUUACAAUGCUGACAGCAAGCCUUAG